AUGACUGGCCAGCGAUCGUUCUACAUCCACUCUUUACACGAGAAGUACGGACCCAUGGUUCGUAUCUCCCCAACGGAAGUCGCAGUAGCAGACCUCGACGCGUUUCGUGAGAUCCACAAGAUCGGUACCAAGUAUCUCAAGAGCGAAUGGUAUCAGCAACUUGCAAAUUUCCCGAAGGCAGGAAUCUUCACUAUGAUCGACCCACGUGAACACGGCCCCAGAAGGAAGCUUUUGUCGCGUUCCUUCAGCCGGUCUUAUCUUCUCGAGCAUUGGGAAUCGACUGUACGUGAAAAGGUUGUCCUUUGCGUCUCACAAAUCAAGAAAGAUGCUACUAAGGAUGUUGCCGAUGUGUACCACUGGUGGAUGCUACUGGCUUCAGAUGUCACUGCUCAUCUCGCUUUUGGCGAAUCCUUCAACAUGUUGCAGACCGGCCAAGCCAACGAGUUCAUACGGGUAUUGAAGAAGCUCAUCAUGGCCGCUGGCAUUAUGGUUGAGGCCCCAAUCCUUCGCCUCUUCCGUUUCGUUCCUAUUCCCGCAGUCCAAGAGAUUUUCAACUGCAAUGAAUACAUCUUCAGAGGAGCCGACCGCGCCGUGGAACUCGCCCGCUCUCGCUCGGGCGAGAAGAACGUCUUUGCCAAAGUUAUAGAAGACAGCGAGAAAGAAGGCGAAGGCACGAUCGACGACAUGGAUGUCAGAAUCGAAGCCAGUAAUGUCAUCAUAGCCGGAACUGAUACGACAGGUGUAACCAUGACUUAUCUCACCUGGGCUGUGCUUCAACGGCCAGGGCUGCAGAAGGCUCUGGAAGAGGAGGUUGCACAACUUCCUGAAAGAUUCACAGAAAAUGACCUCCUCGACCUCCCGCUUUUGAACGCGGUUAUCGAGGAAACACACCGCUUGUACGGUGCUGCACCUAGUAGUUUGCCUCGUAUUGUUCCGCAGGGCGGGAGCCAACUAGGAGGCUACUACAUUCCGCAAGGGACGACAGUCAGCACGCAAGCAUACACUUUCCAUCGCGAUGGCAAAAUAUGGUCCGACCCACUCACCUUCAACCCCUACCGCUGGAUCGCUUCCAAAGAGGGUGGGCCCGCGGAAGCCAAUUCUCCUGAUGCCAAACUUGCCUUCCACCCCUUCGGCGUGGGCGCCCGGUCGUGCGUUGGCAUCCACCUCGCACGCAUGGAACUGCGGUACGCAACUGCGUUCUUUUUCCGCGAGUGUAAGGGAAUCAAGCUGGGUGCGAGGACGACACCCGAGACGAUGGAGUUUGAGAAUUUCUUUUUGGUGACACCGAAGAGUCAUCGUUGUGAGAUUACUUACAGGAAGGACCAGAUGCUGGGGCAGUAG